GUGUCCCAGGAGGGCAACCGGACGACAAUGACUGGUAAGACUCAGACCAGCAACGUGACCAACAAGAAUGACCCGCGCUCCCUCAACUCCCGAGUCUUCAUCGGCAAUCUCAACACAGCCAUUGUCAAGAAGACUGACAUAGAAGUCAUCUUCGCCAAGUACGGCAAGAUAGUGGGUUGCUCCGUUCACAAGGGCUACGCUUUCGUCCAGUACGUGAGCGAGAGGAACGCCCGUGCCGCCGUGGCCGGAGAGAACGCCCGCGUCAUCGCCGGACAACCUCUAGACAUUAACAUGGCAGGAGAGCCCAAACCCUACAGGCCCAAGGCCGGGUCCAAGCGACCACUGUCGGCUGUCUACAGCGGCUAUGAAUUCGACUACGACUACUACAGAGAGGAUUUCUACAGCCGGCUGUUUGACUACCAUGGGCGAAUAGCCCCCCCUCCUAGAGCUGUGAUCCCCCUCAAACGCUCCCGUAUCCUGGCGCCCUCCACACGCCGUGUCAAGACCUCCUUCCCCGUCAAGACCUCCUCUUCCUCUUCCUCCUCUUCCAGACCACCCACCUCUUCCUCCUCCUCCUCCUCCUCUGGCCUCAAACCAGUGAAGUCGGAUCAGCUCCAGACUAUCAAACGGGAGCUGACUCAGAUUAAGAUGAAGAUUGACUCUCUCCUGGGCCGCCUGGAGAAGAUAGAGAAGCAGCAGAGGGCUGAGACUGAGACUCAAAGGAAGUACGAGGACAACUGUGAUUCCCUGAAUGAGGAGUCUGUGUCCGAGGCAGCCGAAAACUCUGGCGAGGAGGCAGGCGACGGGGCACUGGAGGUGGAGGCAGGAGAGAUGACCGACGGGGGCGAGGACGACUACGAUGAGGAAGUUGGCCACCAUCUGAUGGAGAACCACGUAUCAGAUAUUGACAACUGAGAACAGGAUGAGGAACCGCGUCCUCUAAACCUUUACAACUGUCCUGGAUCAACAUAGAAUUGAGGGGAAAACAUCUAUUUUGGAGUGGAAAGCAGAUCUUCCUCUUUCUGUGUCAAAGACAACGUGUAUUCAGAUGCCCAGUGAACGCGGCCAACAAUGACAAAUGUUCCCAGUCCCUUUUGAACAGCCAAACUGAUUUUACGUUUGCAUUGUGCGCAAACGUAGCACAUACUGAAUAUUGAUUUGAAGGUUUUAUUCUGUUUUAAGUGGUGAAAUUAUUCUCAGUGUUUAACAGUUACCAUUAUCUUUUUAAAAAAGUGUUUGUUUAGUAUAUGCUGUUUACGUAAUGUUUUGUCUGUAACUCGCGUUCUGUACAGAAUCAUAAUGCACAAUUUACACCCUAAGUAUUCUGACAUCUCAGCUUGAUGAACACAGUGACAUUUAAAAAGGAUUUUCAAAAACGGAGAAAACUCUCUCUUGGCUGUUUGGGGCUUGUACUCAUGCAUAAGCUACAGUAUAGCUGUUAGCAUAACUUUAGCAGCUUAUCCAUUUAUCGCAUGCUCACCCUGUGGGACGUGUUCUAUCAAGUAUUUCGAGCUCCUGCCAAAUGUAUAACGCAGAGCAAGCCCCCCUGUGGUACCCUGCCAAAUACUGCAUGGGCACCAUGCCAGGGAGCAGAGCCCUGUGUCUCUCCACACUCGUCUCUGUGCAGGCUGUGCAUCCCAGCAUGCAACAUUCUCAAAGAAGCACUGCCCACCUCCCUUCACGCUGACUUGACCUUUCCUUUAAGGAGAUGCAAUUCUUCGACUACCUCUUUUUUUUUGCUCUGCACCAACUAGGCUGAGGAAUCCAAAUUUUUUUAAACAAACAGAUAGAGUGGCAACGUUGGACCGUCUAAUGCUCUGUCACCCGUUAUUGCAAAUUGAAUCGUUAUUCCUAAUUGAAUGUUUAACGCAAUUGCUCCCGGUAGGCUAUAUAUGUCAUGACUUGUGACAUGAAGCCAUGUCACUGUUUUUCAUCCCGCAGUAUCCAAAAAAUGUAUAGUAUGUUCUGCUUUUAUGUAUUAUUACACUGGAUUGUUGAUUGGUCAUGUCAUCUAUUUCAACAAGAAGUCACUCAAAAAAGAAAUAUCUAAUGUUGACAAUUAACAUAUAGUUGCAUUGCCAAAUCGUUUUGCAGUAAUGUGGUCCUUUCUGCUGUCGGCCUGUUUAAGAAGUAAAGUCCAAUUUCUCAAGAAACUGUUGCAAUCACGAUUGCCAAAUCUGCACUGCAGUACACGGUAAAGACAGACAUUUUUAAUAGCUAUUGUUGUAAUUAGGUAAUUAAACAGAUGUUUUGUAUUUUCCAAAUCAAUUAACUGACCAAUAUUGAUAGAGGUUGCCUUUCUAGAGGCCUGUUCAAAGUGCAGUCACUGCAGUGCAGGUCGGAAUCUGACUCCAAACCAACUUUAUGUUGCAAAAACAUAAAUAUGUUUUUAUAUAAAAUGUUUGUUGCAAGCCUCAUCCCAUUGGUUUACUUCCAUUUACUUUACAAUCAAACUAACUUUAUUUUAUCAAUGUGUUGUUGCACCCUGUAAAUAUCCCUUGCAACCGAAGACAUGUGAUCUCAGUUUUGUCACAUGCAUAUUUACUAGAAUAGAGAAACAGUGUUGUACAGGUGAAGAGGACCUCUGCAAUGAUAUGAUACUUGUCAAUGUUACAAUUGACUUUGUGUGCUCUAAAAGAAAAGAAAAAAAUCUCAAAUUGAUUAUUAAGAGGAUGGGGAGAUUAAGCAGGAUGAACGAUGUGCAAUGGGGGGGGGGGGAAAUGUUGUAUAGAAAUGUACAUUUUUGUAAAAACAAAUAUUUUUUAUUAAAGGCAUGUUUUGUUGUUUCUGUAUGUUCAUUCUAUGUACAGUGUAUGUUCAUUCUAUGUACAGUGUAUGUUCAUUCUAUGUACAGUGUAUGUUUGCCAACUUGUAUGGCUGUAGGCCCCAUUGCAUAGAACAAAAUACAACAAUGUAAUGUACAGUUACAUUUGUAAAAUCUUUUCAGUCAAUAAAAUGCUUAUUUGUGUUAUGUAAUUAA